UCCACCAUAUAUAAACAAGGCCUCCUACCAUGCAUGCCUUUAUCAUUAAUAUCCUUUACAUAAACUAUUAAUCUCACCAAUAUGGCUGCAUUAUCAGUAUCCAUGAAUCAUGUUACAACAAUGAUUAUCUUUUUUGUGUUUGUGGCACAAGUAACUGUGAUGGUCAACGUUUGCUUUGCCAAUGGAGAUCAAUCCAACAUUCUCUGCCAUGAAACAGAAAAGCAAGCUCUUCUGAGCUUCAAGCGGGAUCUUGUAGAUGAUUAUUACAACAAACUGGUGUCUUGGGAUGUUUCUGAAGAAGAAGAUUGCUGCAAAUGGGCUGGAAUUUCUUGCAACACCCUUACUGGUCAUGUCUCUAAGCUCUCCCUAAAGGGUGGCUCCUUAACAGGCAAGAUCAAUCCCACCUUGCUUAAUCUCACUCAUCUACUUAUCUUAGACUUGAGCUACAAUAAUUUUGCCCAAAUUAUCCCCAUUUUUAUUGGUUCUCUUGUGAGUUUAAGAUAUCUUAACUUUACAAAUGGAGGAUUCAAGGGAAACAUACCCCACCAACUUGGAAAUCUUUCAAGUUUACACUAUCUUGAGUUUGACAAUUAUGUUUAUUAUGAUCAGCCAGGGUGGUCAUCGAAUAACUUAUAUGUCGAGAACCUUCAUUGGGUCUCUGGUCUUUCUUCAUUAGAAUAUCUAAUCAUGAAUGGUGUUAAUCUUAGUAAAGCAUCUGAUCACUCGCUUUUUGCAAUAAACACACUCCCUUCUUUGCUAGAAAUACGCUUGUCCAGUUGUCGUCUUAGUCAUAUUCAUUUUCCAUCUCACAGUAAUCUGACAUCCCUUGAGACACUUGACCUGAGUUACAACAUUCUUGAACUUAGAGGUCCAAUUCUCUGCACCUUUCUCAAUAAUAUGAGCCUUCUUAAAUAUCUUGACCUGUCUUAUAAUAAUAUGGAUUCUGUCAUUCCCAAAUGCUUUUAUAGUUUUCCCAAUCUUGAACACCUUGCCCUUUCUGGUAAUGAAUUACAGGGCAUUAUCUCAAGUGACAUAGCAAAUUUGACUUCUAUUAUCAGUUUUGACUUGUCACAUAAUGCUUUAGCAGGAAGUAUACCAAAAUCCAUGGGAAAACUUUGCAAUUUGGAGGUAAUUAAUUUGUCAGACAACAGAUACAAAGGCAGAGUGUCAAUGGUAUUUGAAUGCUUCUCAGGUUGCCUUGCUAAAAAGCUAAAGUCUUUGGAUUUAGAUGGAAAUAUGUUUGAUUCCUUUACUAUGGAAAUGUCAGAUGAAAUAGGAGCUUUCAAGAAUUUAGAUCAUCUUUCUCUUGCAGGAAAUCGGAUUUCUGGUCCCAUUCCAAUGUCAAUAUUUCAAAACUUCCCAUACAUAAAGUCAUUAGAUAUUUCAGACAACAAUUUCAUUAAUGGCUUUAUUCCAGAAAGCUUGUUUUCUCUCUCAAAGUUACAAACACUCGAUGUUUCCAGUAACCAAUUAAGUGGACCACUUCCAAAAAGUCUCGGGUCUCUCUCAAAGUUACAGUCACUCUAUGUUUCCAAUAACCAAUUAAGUGGACCACUUCCAGAAAGCUUGUUUUCUCUCUCAAAGUUACAGUCACUCAUUAUUUCCAAUAACCAAUUAAGUGGACCACUUCCAAAAAGUAUUGGGUCACUCUCAAAGUUACAGUCUCUCAUUAUUUCCAAUAACCAAUUAAGUGGACCACUUCCAAAUAGUCUUGGGUUUCUCUCAAAUUUAGAAAUUCUUGGUAUUGCAUCAAACAAUUUUCACGGUGUUGUCUCUGAAGUUCAUUUCACCAACCUCACAAACCUCAUGGAAAUAUAUGCUUCUGGAAAUAAAUUGACUAUGAAUGUGAGUUCACAUUGGACUCCACCCUUUUCACUUGUCACCGUGGAAUUAAGAAAUUGGAACUUGGGUCCUCAUUUUCCAUUAUGGCUAAAAUCACAAAAAUAUAUUCAUGAAAUAGGCAUGUCCAACACUAGAAUUUCAGAUGUCAUUCCUUGUUGGUUAUGGAAUUUUUCUUCCCAAGAUAAAUAUGAUGCUCUUUAUAUUGACUUGUCUGAAAACCAAAUCUAUGGAGAAAUUCCUGAAUUUCCAAAUAAUGGCCAUUAUACCUUAAACUUCAGCUCCAACAACUUGACCGGUUCAUUACCUCAUAUCCCAGUUCACGGCAUACUAGAUCUUUCAAAUAACUACUUGGCUGGUAGCAUUUCUAACUUCCUUUGUUAUCGAAAGACUCCUGCAGCAUAUAUUCUAUAUCUCAAAAAUAAUCUUUUAUCAGGAAAGAUUCCUGACUGUUGGAUGUAUUGGCCAUCAUUACUGGGGAUAGACUUGGAUAACAAUAAUCUCACCGGGAAAAUUCCAAGCUCUAUUGGAUCUUUACAUGAGUUACGGUCAUUGCAUAUUCACAAUAAUAGCCUCAUUGGAGAAAUACCAAAGCCUCUUAAGAAUUGUUCAGCUUUAUGUGUUCUUGACCUUAGUUUUAAUAAGUUGGUGGGAAAUAUACCAAGAUGGAUCGAAAGUCUUCCAAAGCUACGCUUUCUUGUGCUUCGUUCAAACAACUUUACAGAUCUUAUUCCAGUUGAGCUAUGUAAACUUCCUUCACUUCAAGUAUUGGAUGCUAGUAACAACAAUUUGACAGGGGUUAUACCAAAAUGUUUAAAAAAUUUAACGGCUAUGACCUCUAAAUCAUAUCAAUUUCAGUCAAUGGAUUAUUUUGGCAUCCCUGCUGUUAAUCAACAGUCUAGAGAGAAUGCAAAUCUUGUUGUUAAAGGAAGGGAAAACCAAUAUGACAACAUCUUAUAUCUCUUAAGUACCUUAGACCUUUCAGACAACAAAUUAUCAGGAGAAAUCCCAGAAGAACUUACAAGUCUCCAAGCAUUACAAUCGCUGAAUUUGUCCGGAAACUAUUUGAGUGGGAGCAUUCCAAAGAAGAUUGGCAGUAUGGCAGAGUUGGAAUCUCUUGAUCUCUCAAGAAACCGAUUGUCCGGUCACAUUCCUUCAGGUAUGUCAAGCUUAAAAUUCUUGAGUUUCUUGAACUUGUCAUAUAACAACUUGUCAGGACAAAUUCCAACAAGCACCCAACUGCAAACCAUGGAUGCUUCCGGCUUUAUUGGCAACAAAUUGUGUGGACCACCACUCCUCAUAAAGUGUAGAGAGGAUCAUCUGACAUUGAAUAGAGAUGCAAGUAGUGAAGAUGGAGAAAGUAAAGAUGAUGAAUACUGGUUCCGAUUGGGCAUAGGAAUGGGGUUUGGAGUGAGCUUUGUAGGUGUCAUUGGUCCAUUGCUGGUUUGUGGAUUUUGGAGGCGUGCAUACUUUUGGUUUUUCGAAGAAUAUUUGUGGUACAAGUUUGUGGAUUAGUAAAGUACAUGUUUUAAUAUUAUUUUGGUCAAUCGUGGUUUAAAUGCUUUUGUAAUAAGAUAGGGGCUAUGUUCAUUUUCCUUCUACUCACUUUGUUUAGACUUCUCUACUUUAUUUUGUACUAUUGGUUGUAUUGUUUCUUGGUUCCCUUGAAGUCAGAAUAGUUGUUUGCAUGUAUUUGGCCACUAAUUGGUCUUUUAUCUUAUGUUUAAGUUUAUUGGUGUAUUAUCGUUUUCAAAGAUUGCGUUACCAAUUUCUUUUUAGAGUUUUAA